AAAUGACGUUUUCUGUCCAAAGAACUCGGCAAGUUUUUUGCAACGAUUCCCGAAAAGUGUCGACUGAUAUUUGUAAAACGACGCAAAGGGAAUUUGUAAUAAAUAAAUAUUGAAAUUUACUUAAAACGUAAUACAGAAUAUUCAGCAAGAACGAACCCGUUAAAAUUCGUGAAAAUUGGGAUUAGUGAGGCAUUUCAGAUUUUUAAAAAUUACGUGAAAAUAGCAAAGGCAGUAAGUACAAAAGAAAAAACCAAAGGGAAUCUGUGAAGAGUCUAGCAAGGAAUAUAAUAUUUCACCACAGUUGCUGAGUCGCCAUUUUGUCUACUGGCCGGCUGAUUUUGGUUUCGGUAUACGAAAAAAUUGCAAAUUUCUUAAAAAAUUGAAAUUAAAAAUAUAGUGACGGUUAAGUUAAAACAAAGAACAUAUAAUUAAAAUAAUCCGGACAUAAGUGUUCAAUAAAGAUUUGUUGAAUAGUUCAACCAGAGGGUGUUCGUAUAGUGGUAAAAAAUUUGCAAAAAUCAAGACAAAGCGGAAUCCGAGUGCAAUCCAAUGGUAAUUGGGCGGAUGCAGAAAUUGUUAAUGGAUUUAAGCUUAUUCCUGUUGAAUAUGUAAAUGAUCGAAGGUCUGCUGACCGAAAGCAACACCAUACAGUACUUCGUGUUUAGCAAAAGGUCAAGCGAAACGAUAGAGCAGAAAUUAAUAUUUAAAUUAACUAUAAUUCAAUUACAAAAGAAAGAAGCAAUAAUCAGAACGAGAAGUAACGACCGAGCCUAGAAUUAAAAUACGAGCUAGCAGUUUCUAACACGGCGUGGUGUAAUAGUUGCAUCAACAUUUACAUCGUGGAUCCUGAAUAGAGCAGUAGUUGCAUUUAAUAAUCAAAGUGCAGCAGUAUUAGUGCCUCUGAUAGCUACGAGAAAGAAAAUGACGUUCGAUACACGUGGACGCCAAACAGGUGGUGGUGGAGGCGGUGGUAGUACCGGUAACGAUAAUUCUAAUGUGGGUACGACCAACACAAACAGUAACCCAAAUACUACUAGUGGAACGUCUCUUGGUAAUUCUACCAGCGGAAAUGGCAGUGGUGGGGUUGUUGGCAGUGGAAAUGUAGAACAACCUCCGCCUUCUGCGGUUAAUUCGGAUGCAACUGCGCAGAGUGGCGAAUCGACAAACAACGCUGUAGUAGUGGACAACAUUUCACCAGAAAAAUUGAUUUUAUCGUUCCCCACUUUAAAAUUGCGUUCGUUAACGCAGAAGAUCUCAAAUCCACGUUGGGUGGUGCCAGUACUUCCUGAACAAGAGUUGGAAGUUCUACUUAAUGCUGCAAUUGCACUAACUUCAGCAGGGGUGGAUCAUGAUUGUGAGCCCUGUGUUGAAUUCUAUCGUAAUGCACUCACUACUUCUUUUUCAAAAAUCCUUACCGACGAGGCGGUGAAUUCAUGGAAGUACAAUAUACAUCAUUGCAUUUUAUUGUCGUGUGGCAAGUUAUUGCAUUUAAUUGCCAUACAUAUGCCGCGUGAUAAUCCCUAUCUAUUGGACUUGCUAGCUAUGGUAUUUGAUCCAGAAAAUAAGUUUAACACAUUUAAUGCAGCACGUCAACCAGGCUGUUUUGCCGCACCUGAAUUCCUUUGGGGCUCUUUGGAUGUAAAUAAUAUGUUUGCUAAACCACCACCGGAGCCAAAAAAUCCACGUGGUUGGCUAGUUGAUUUGAUCAAUCGUUUUGGUCAGCUGGGGGGUUUCGACAAUCUACUGGAACGAUUCAAUUGUGGCUUACAAUUGUUGAAAAAGACCCAAGAACAGAGUGGUAUCGAAGCGACAGGAUCUGGCAUAGAAUUAAGUAGCAAGACGAGCAAGUCGAUGCAAGCAUCAGAAGACAGUCAGGAUAACAAAUUGACGCUUGCGUUAAUUUUCAGUCUAUUACGCCCUUUCGGGCAGUGCUAUGAACUAUUAACACCGGCUACUAUUGCUAAGUACUUUAUGCCUAUUUGGAAUGUAGUAUUGGAUUUAUUAGAUAGCUUUUCGGAUGAUGAAUUAAAGCGUGAAGCGAAACCAGAAGGGCGGAAUGACUAUAUCAAUGGCAUUGUGAAGUCAGCCCGUUUGUUAGCAAGUCGUUUGCCGGGGCAAGAGGAUUUAAUUAGAGAUCUAGAAAUGUUUCGUCUCAAAAUGAUACUACGUCUGUUGCAAGUAUCCAGCUUCAAUGGAAAAAUGAAUGCGUUGAAUGAAAUCAAUAAGGUUCUAAGUUCUGUCUCAUAUUAUUCCCAUCGCACGCAACAGUUACAACACUGUCUACCAGAUGAUGAAAUGGAUUGGUUGACGGCAGAGCGCAUGGCUAACUGGAUUAAAGAAUCUGAUGUCCUCGGUAUUGUCCUGAAAGAUUCACUACAUCAACCCCAAUAUGUGGAGAAAUUGGAGAAGAUUAUACGCUUUUUGAUUAAGGAACAUGCACUGUCACUAGAGGACUUAGAUGCAGUUUGGCGUGCCCAGGCUGGCAAACAUGAGGCAAUUGUAAAGAACGUUCACGAUCUUUUGGCUAAAUUGGCUUGGGAUUUCACACCAGAGCAAUUAGAUCAUCUUUUCGAGUCGUUUCAGGCCAGCAUGACAACCGCUAAUAAACGUCAACGUGAGCGACUGCUUGAAUUGAUAAGACGCCUUGCCGAAGACGAUAAGAAUGGUGUUAUGGCGCAAAAAGUUUUGAAGCUUUUCUGGGCAUUGGCUCAUAGCCAAGAAAUUCCGCCAGAAGUCUUAGAUCAAGCCCUAGGUGCGCAUGUCAAAAUUUUAGACUACAGUUGCUCACAAGAACGUGAUGCCCAAAAAAUUGUCUGGUUAGAUAAAUGUGUACAGGAAUUGAAAACUGGCGAUAAUUGGGUAUUGCCCGCUUUGCGUUUAAUACGUGAAAUCUGUUGUCUCUACGAUUCAUCGUCCGGCCAUGCACAACGCACGCAGCAAACACUCAAUCGUCAACAAGUUAUCGAGCGUUUGCAAAAUGACUACACGUUGGUAAUACUAGUGACGAACAGUUUGACAACUUAUAUGGACAAAAUACGAACUAUGAUUGCUGAGAUGCCGAACGUGGAGCCAAACACUUUAUGCAUCGAUGGACGCUAUCCACAUAAUAUGCAAAUCCAAGAGCGCUUAGAUUUUCUAAAGUUUUUACUGAAAGAUGGGCAACUUUGGUUAUGUGCGGAACAGGCUAAGCAAAUAUGGCACUGUUUGGCCGUCAAUGCUGUGUUUCCAACUGAUCGUGAAGAAUGUUUUCGCUGGUUUGGCAAAUUAAUGGGUGAAGAACCCGACUUGGAUCCCGGCAUAAAUAAAGACUUUUUCGAAAACAACAUCCUUCAGUUAGAUCCACAAUUGCUAACGGAAAGUGGCAUUAAAUGUUUUGAGCGUUUCUUCAAGGCUGUCAACUCAAAGGAGGAUAAAUUGAAAGCAAUUCAUCGUGGCUAUAUACUUGAUAAUGAAGAUCUUAUUGGUAAGGAUUAUCUAUGGCGUGUAAUUACCACUGGUGGUGAGGAAAUCGCCAAUAAAGCUAUUGAUCUGCUGAAAGAAGUCUCAACCGCACUGGGGCCACGUCUGCAGGAGAGUAUUUGUGAUUUUCAUGAAAUGUUUAUUGCUGAAUGCUGUGAACGUCUGCGCACCCAUUACAGUAAUAUACUCAUUUUGGGCAAAACAAUUGGUAGCAAUAGUUCAAAUGAUCCCAGUCAAGCUGAUGCUGAUUCAAAAGAUAUUAAAGAUCGUUUUAUUGAGGCUGAGAAAAUGUGCCGUAUUAUAAAAGUAUUGCAAGAGUAUAUAAAAGAGUGUGAUCGAUCAUUUAAUGGCGAUCGUUACCUUUUGCCACUAAGUCGAGUGACACGCGGUAAGAAUACUAGUCUAUAUAUACGCUUUCAAAAUCCCGGGCGCCCUAUCGACGAUAUCGAAGUAGCGACACACAGUAACGAAACGGUCGCUUCGUUUAAACGUAAUUUAUUGAAACGUAUAAAAGGCAAUUCGCCAGCAAAUAUUAAGGUCGAUCUGUUCUACAAUACUGGCGAAUUAAUUGAGAUUAAUGACGAAAUCAAUCCACUAUACCAAUAUGGCAUACGCGAUAAAAUGAUUCUGACAGCAAAGUUGACACCAAUCGGACCGGGACUAGCUAGUAGCCCAGAUUCAUCAAGUGAUUCCAGUACCGGGUCACCGCCACGACCUUGCCCUGACAUGCAGCGCGUCGAGUCGGAGAGCACGCUGCCUGGUGUGAUUAUCGCGCAGAAUUACAAAUAUACGGAAUUUUUCCUAAAGCUCUAUCAACUGGGCAGCGAUCUGGAUCAUGGCCGUUUGCGUGAAAGCGCAAAAUCGUUGUUGCAUCUGCUACCGUGCGAUUGGCAUACCAUCAAGAUGCUGCAAACGAUGUGCCGCGUGCAGGGACAGGCUCCGAGCGGUGGCGGUGGUGUUAGUGGCAGUGGCAAUGUCAGUGUCAGUGUAAAUGUGAGUGCGGAGUCUAGUAGUGGCAACAGUGGUGGACAAAUUAGCGCUAAAGAGGAAGAGGCUGAUGUGGUUGGUGUGGGAAACGGCAGUGUUGUUGUACAAAAUGCAAGCGAUGAUCAGAUUCAUCUGCAGGAAUGCACGCCGGAAAUGAUAUUUUUGCAUGGCUCUCCUGCACAGGUGCUAUAUAAUUUGGGGGUUUUAAAUGGAUUACUUAUACCAGCAUUAGAUCCCUACGGUGAGGCUGCAAUGCAAGUGCAAUCGGCUUGGUUGCAUUCCGGUUGCGCACAUUUUAUACUAGAAUUGUUGACCAAAAACAAUUUCCUACCCAAUGCCGAUAUGCAUACCAAGCGUGCUGCCUUCCAUUGCGUACUUCAUCUCGCUCGAUUAUUCCUAUAUACGGUGGGCUAUGUGUUAUCCCGUGUCGGCGAUGAACCGAUGUUACGUGAUUUUGAUGUGGGUGCCCGUUCACAAGUUGAAAUACUUAAGCAAAUACUGAAUUCCAUACCAAACAACUCGGAAAGCACCAUGCGUGCCAUCUCUAUGAAACUGGCAGAAAAUUUGGCUGCUGAAAUGCUUUCUGCUAGUGCCGAGGGUGAACGUUGUCGCAUUUUAUUCAGCUCGACAUUGCAGUGGUCCUGCCCGGAUAUAACGACUAUUAAGGCUGUCAUACAAUUGGCUUGGUCCUCAUCUUGUGGCAACUUACAGGCACUUGGAAAUAAAAAUGACUUUGCUAACGACAUCACAAUGCCAGAUGCACAAGAUUUUGCCAUGUGUAAAGAGGCUCUAGAAGUGCUAACGAUUUCAUUGGUACUUAAUCCUAGUGCUAACGAGGUGUUAAACAAUGAUCCUGUAUGGCCUAAGUUUAUCACUUCGCUUAUAUUAAAGAAUCCAUCGCGCCACGUGCGUCAAAUUGCGGCCGAUCAGCUGUUUCUUUCGUGCACCUACUGCGCUGGCGAUCGACGCCCUUUUGCAUACAUGGUAAAUCUGUUAGUUAAUUCAUUGAAGACUUUGGUGCCACAAUACGAAGCGACAUGCGCCGAAUUCUUUCAAUUACUUUCUCGAACACUUUCGUAUGGCAGCGUCUGCAAUUGGCCGCUGAAUAUUGGUGAUGGUUUGUUGACUGAGGAGAUUAGUUGGUUGCAGAAGAUACGGCAAAAUGUUGUGAUUACUGGCGAUAUUCAAGUACAUGAGGAUCUGCUGGAAGGUCACUUGUGUUUGGCCAAAGAAUUGAUGUUCUUCUUAUCGCCCGAAACGAAAGCACAACUCACUGACUUGAUAGGUGAAAUCAUUGACAUUUUCCUCUUUCCGUCAUCACGCGAAUACCUUCACUUGCGAAAGUUCAACAAACUACGGAACCCAACAUCACCACCACCCGUUUGCCGCAGUCCACACACCAUAGCGGCGGCGUGUGAUUUUUUGAUAGCACUUUGCCAGAAUUGUGUUCCUAACAUGAAAUUGCUAACCAAUACUUUGAUCGAUUUUGUCUGCACAGAUACUGAGCCGCUGCGGGAAUGGGAUUUUCUACCUCCGGUUGGGCCUAGACCUGUGAAGGGUUUCUGUGGUUUAAAAAAUGCUGGUGCAACUUGCUAUAUGAAUUCGGUGUUGCAACAAUUGUAUAUGGUGCCAUCCAUACGUGUCGGCAUACUGAAGGCCGACGGUGCUGCUUUGAUUGAGAAUGAAGAUUUUAGCGGCGAAUCCGAUGUGGCUAGUAUUAACAGUGCGCUAUUCUCCAGCCCAACCAGCGGUGAAGAUAAUAGUAGCACAGAUGUGCGGAAAAACUAUCACGUUCUCAUAUUGAAAUAUGUACAAGCGAUAUUUGCCCAUUUGGGACAUAGCUCUCUGCAGUACUACGUGCCACGUGGUUUGUGGGCAUAUUUUAAAUUACAAGGUGAGCCGGUAAAUUUACGCGAACAACAAGAUGCGGUUGAAUUUUUCAUGUCCUUGUUUGAAAGUCUGGAUGAAGGUCUCAAGGCUCUAGGUCAUACCCAAUUGAUGAACGCUACUUUGGGUGGGUCAUUUAGCGAUCAAAAAAUUUGCCAGGAAUGCCCGCAUAGGUAUUCCAAAGAGGAACCUUUUAGUGUGUUUAGUGUGGAUAUUCGCAAUCAUAGUUCGUUGACAGAAUCGCUGGAGCAGUAUGUGAAAGGUGAACUGUUGGAGGGCGCUGAUGCAUACCACUGUGAUAAAUGUGAUAAAAAAGUAGUUACAAUUAAGCGGUUGUGUGUAAGAAAGCUUCCGCCGGUGUUAGCCAUUCAAUUAAAACGUUUUGAAUAUGAUUAUGAGCGUGUUUGCGCCAUUAAAUUCAAUGAUUACUUUGAGUUUCCACGUGUGCUCGACAUGGAACCCUACACCGUCUCCGGCUUAGCAAAACUGGAGGGUGAAGUUAUUGAGGUGGGUGAUAACUGCCAAUCAAAUGGCGAGACGACCAAAUAUGAGUUAAGCGGUAUUGUGGUACACAGCGGACAGGCUUCUGGUGGCCAUUACUUUAGUUACAUACUUUCUAAAAAUCCCUCUACUGGUAAGGAACAAUGGUAUAAAUUCGACGAUGGCGAAGUGACUGAAUGUAAAAUGCAUGAAGACGAAGAAUUAAAAGCCCAAUGCUUUGGUGGCGAUUAUAUGGGUGAGAUUUACGAUAACAAUUUGAAGCGCAUGCAAUAUAGACGUCAAAAGCGCUGGUGGAAUGCAUAUAUGCUCUUCUAUACACGUUGUGAUCAGAAACCCAUACAAUUCGAUCCUUGUGUAGAACAGUUGUCACUGGCUGAGAGUCGUAAUUUCGUGUUGCCUCUACCAAAGGCGAUCGAACGUAGUGUACGGCAUCAAAAUAUUCGGUUUUUACACUCAAAGAGCAUUUUCUCAGCAGAAUUUUUUAAUUUCAUUAAGAAGUUAGUCAGCUGUACUAUACCUUCAACACGUCCUGACAAAAUGACACCAGCUGCCGAGGAGCUCUCAUUACUAGGCGUACAACUAGCAUCACAGUUCUUAUUCCAUACAGGUUUUCGAACGAAAAAGUCGCUACGCGGACCGGUUAUCGAGUGGUACGACACACUAUCACAUCACAUACGUUUCUCAGCUUUAGUGCGCAAAUGGUUCGCUGCCAAUGCACUUCUUAAUCCAGCUACACGUCUGGGUGAAUAUAUCUUGAUGGCUCCCUCGCCUGAGGUACGAACAGUUUUUGUGAAAUUGGUGGUUUUCUUUUGUCACUUUGCCAUAACCGACGAGCCGCUGGCUGGCUACGAAGGCAGUAAUUUAUGUGAACAGAUUUUAAUAAGCGUUUUAGAGUUAUUGAAAUGUGAAGCUGUCGAUUAUGGCAAACAUUUGCCUCAUUAUUUUAGUUUAUUCAGUAUGUAUGUGGGCUUGGGCAUACCAGAAAAGCAACAACUGUUGAAGUUAAAUGUACCCUUCAUAUUCAUGCAAGUUGCUUUGGAUGAAGGACCUGGUCCAUCGAUAAAAUAUCAGUAUCCAGAACUGAGUAAACUUCAUCAGGUCGUUUCGCAUUUAAUACGUUGCAGCGAUAUAUCUGACAAGUGUCAGAAUUCAAACCAAAAUUCACAGCCACUGGAGAAUCCGUUCAAAGAUGCAAAUAUUCGGCGCGAAGAAUUAGUGCCCUUAUCGCCUGAGUGUGCAGAUAUACUCUUUAACCGAACGGGAUACAUUAAGAAAUUAAUAGAGGACACAGCCGUUGGUGAGGAGGGCAUUAAAUUACUUCAGUAUUGCAGUUGGGAAAACCCACAUUUUUCACGUGCGGUAUUAACCGAACUACUUUGGCAAUGCGGUUUCGCUUACUGUCAUGAUAUGCGCCAUCAUACCGAACUACUUUUGCACAUAUUGCUUAUAGAAGAUUCGUGGCAACAUCAUCGCAUACACAAUGCCCUCAACGGUGUGGCGGAGGAGCGCGAAGGUCUGCUAGAGACGAUACAGCGCACAAAGACGCAUUACCAAAAACGCGCAUACCAAAUAAUCAAAUGCCUUACACAACUAUUCCACAAAUCCCAAGUGGCCCUACAGAUGCUUAAUUCAAACGCCAGUAUUGCACGGCAUUGGACCAUGGCUGUAGAAUGGUUGCAAGAUGAAUUGGAGAGGCAACGUAGUUGUCAAUAUAAUUCAUAUUCGUGGUCACCACCUGCACAGAGUAAUGACAACACAAAUGGUUACAUGCUCGAACGUUCACAAUCCGCUAAGAAUACAUGGUCUAUGGCGUAUGAGUUAUGUCCCGAAGAGGAACAAGAAGAGACCAACGAGUCGGAUAUCGAGCCUACUGACGAGUCCCAGAGGCAGCAACAACAGCAACAACAACAACAGCAAUCACAACAAAUUACACAAUCGUUACAAGCACCAACAGCUGUUGGCGAUGCGUUAACGAGUGAUACAGUACCAGCUAGUCCAGCGCACAAACCGUUUAUAGUGGGCAUGGCACCAGUUGGCAGUAGCUCCGUUAAUUGGUCGGCUGCAAAUACAUUUUCGGCUGAUAGUACAACAACAACAAUAACUACAACAACUGCCUCUACUAAUAGCGGUGGUGUUUUGACGGCCGUAAAUAGCACCGAACAACAGCAAGCCACUACAGAUGCGAGUAUAAACGGUUUAACGGCCAAUGUUAAACAAUUGGCGCUUUCUCCAAAAACGUCCACCAGCGGCGGCAUUGGUGAGACGACAACGACAAUGAUGCCUGCUCCAGACAUCGAAAUCUCGUUGAAAGUAAUGCCACAUCACCUACAGCAUCAGCAGCAGCAACCUCAGACAAUGACAUUAAUGUCGUCGCCAUUCAGCCCAGUACUAGCAGCAAUAGCAACAGCAGCAGCAACAGCACCAUCGUCAACAACAACGAUUUCAAUAAAUUUGCCUGUAAAUACAAUAAAUGCGACAUCGGGUACAACAACAAUCACAACACCGGCAACAGCAAGCACAUUAAUUAACACGCUCACAGCAGUUGCGGCGGCAGCAGCAGCUACAGCAACGACAACUACAACAACAACAGCAACCGUUAAUAAAUUGGAAAAUAUCGAUAAAGUAACAAAAUCACCGCCAGCAGCAGCAGCAACAACACUCAGUGAACAACAACCAAUAACGUAGAUGAAUUUCUAAGAUAAUUAAUAAUAAAGGAAAUCGAAAAUGCAGAAACGCGACAGAUAUGCGUAAAACGUGCGUUUCUCGCCAAUUAAGAAUCAAAUAUACACACAUAUACAUAAAUAUAUAUAUAUAUAUACAUAAAAGAGAAGUAAAGCAAAACAAAACAAAACAAAACAAAAAACAAUGAAACAAAGAUGCAAACUUUAUUACUUUAAUUUAUUCAUAAUGCUAAUAAAAUACAAUAAUAAAAAAAAAAUAAUACGGCAAAUAAUAAUGGAAAGAUCAACAACAAUUAGGCGAAAGUCGGCGGGAAACCCUUUAGAUCCAAAAGAAAAAAAUUGAAAGGUAGAAGUGUGUGAAGGCUUAAAAUAACGCCUGAAUGUAGGGCGUGCAGCUUAUACAUGUACCAUGGCAGAGCGCCUAAAAUCCGACUAUAAAACUACUUACUUCAUCCUAUUAGUUAAAUGGAUUGUAUCGAGGAUGCCGUCUGCAUAUAGGAGCGCGCAUUUAGUUAGCGUACUAAGAAAAAUAUUGUCUAAUAGAGCCAUUUAAAGGAGUAGAGCGGUCGUGGAUAGAGCUUACAAAAGAUGUAUGCAAACAAACACACAUACACACACACACUCACUAACUAGUUAUAAAUAAGAUAUUCGUAAAAACUAAAAGCAAAAAAAGUAUAUAAAUAUAUAACACAACAAGUAAAUAAACGGCAAUACGCAUACAUAUAAUUGAAGAAAGAAUAAGAACGAUAUGAAAAAGAAGAAAAAUUGAAACAUUGAAGAAAAAGUAAUAGCCGAACGCAGAAAGAACGUUUUCUGCAUUAUAAAGCAAUCUAAAUGCAGCAUUAACAAUAAAAAUAAAUAAAUAAACAGAAUAAUAAAAGUGAAGGACAAACCUGUUAUGUAAUAAUCUUGCGUAGUAAUAAAGCUGUACUACAUACAUACAUACAUCUAUCUACACAAGCAAAUAUUCAUACAUACACAUGAAUGAAUAAGGAACAUUAACAACGGAAUUAUAAAUAGUUUCUUCGCCAGCUAAAUAGUAUGCCUAUACGAACACUAAAAUAAAUAUAUAUACAGAGCAAAUACUGCAUUAAAAUUACAAAAUUGCAGAAUGGCACUUAAAAAAGGUGCAAGAUUCCGUUUCGAGAAGAGGAGCUAAGCUUAUUUAAACGCCAGUAAAUAUAAUUUGCAAUUGUUGACCAUAAUCAGUUUAAUGAAAAAAUUCUUAAUUUGAAAAAUAAAAAAAUUCUUUGAAUUAAAAUUAUUCGUAUGCAUAUUGUGUAACUGUUGUAUGUAUGUAUGUAUGUAUGUGUAGAUGUUGUGCAACGAGGUGUUGUAUGUAGUAUCGGUCAUACAUAUAUUUAUUCAUACAUAAAUGAAAACAAAAUGAAUGAAAAGGCAUUCAGUUGCAUUGCUGCAUGUGCUGUUGCUAUCAUACGUCUUAAUUCUGUUGGAUUAGUUUUAUAUUUAUUGAAUUAUUUAAACUCAAAUUACGUUUUUUUUGCUAAAAACAUAUUAGCUAGUUUUCUUUACACACUACUUUUUAUACUAUGUACCCCAAAAGCAUACACCCCAACGUAUACACACAUGAAAACAUACAUAAAUACAUAUGAAAAAUAAAAAAAUAUUUUUUUUUCUUUCACAAACAUGCAUAAAUAAUUCUUAGAGCUCACGAGACAACAAAAACAAGCAAAAAAAAAAAGGCUAAAAAAAUACAACAUAUGAUGGUAAUAAUCACGAGAAAACA